AUGGAGGCCCCCGAGGACGGCGGCGGGAGCGGGGAGGCGGGGGGCCCGAGCUUGUCGGAGCUGUGCGCGCAGCUGCUGCGGACGCGGGACGCGGGCGGCCGGCUCCUGGCGGGCCACGAGCUGCUGCGGCGGCUGCGGACGCCGGGAGCGGGCGCGGGGGCCGCGGGACCGGAGCCGGAGCCGGACGAGGCCGCGCUGAGCCGGGUCGUGGACGAGCUCACCGCCUGGCUGCCGGCCAGCCACAGCAAGGUGGCAUUACUUGGAUUAGAAAUUUUAAGUGCCUUUGUUGACAGAUUAUCCACAAGAUUUAAAUCCUACAUACCCUCAGUUAUUUCAGCUUUACUAGAUCGGCUGGGAGAUUCCAAAGACCAGGUCCGAGACCAGGCGCAGAAUCUGAUCUUGAAGAUCAUUGGUCACGCCGCUUCGCCCAUGUAUGUUUGGGAGCUCUUGACUGUUGGUUUUAAACACAAGAACUAUCGGUCCCGAGAAGGUGUCUGUCUGUGUCUUAUUGCCACCUUAAACACCUAUGGUGCACACUCGCUAGUCCUCAGCAAGUUGGUGCCACAUUUGUGCAUCUUAUGUGGAGAUUCCAACGGUCAGGUGAGGGAUGCUGCAAUAUUGGCCAUGGUGGAGGUCUACCGCCAUGUGGGAGAGAAAGUCAGAGCGGACCUCAGCAGGAGAGGCCUCCCCGUUGCCCGGUUACAGGCAGUGUUUGCCAAGUUUGAUGAAGUGAGAGACUCGGGCAGUAUGGCGUCAAGCGUCGGCGACGAUAAAAGCUUUGAUGAUGAGGAGUCAGUGGAUGGAAACAGGCCGUCAACAGCAGCCUCAGCCUUCAAGGUUCCUGCCCCGAAGACCUCUGGAAACCCCGUCAACAGUGGCCGGAAGCCUGGUUCCUCGGGGGGACCGAAGGCUGGAGGUGCAUCCAAAGAAGGUGGUGCCGGCGCUGUGGAUGAGGAUGACUUUAGGAAAGCCUUUGCAGAAGUACCUUCUGUUCAGAUAUAUUCUAGUCGUGAACUUGAAGAAACGUUGAAUAAAAUCAGGGAAAUUUUAUCUGACGACAAGCAUGAUUGGGACCAGCGCGCAAAUGCGCUCAAGAAAGUCAGGUCCCUGUUGCUGGCUGGUGCGGCCCAGUACGACUGCUUCUUCCAGCAUUUGCGCCUGUUGGACGGCGCCCUGAAGCUUUCCGCCAAGGAUCUGCGGUCCCAGGUGGUACGCGAGGCCUGCAUCACUGUGGCGCAUCUCUCCACGGUCUUGGGCAACAAGUUUGACCAUGGCGCCGAAGCCAUCGUGCCUACCCUUUUUAACCUGGUCCCCAACAGCGCUAAGGUCAUGGCCACGUCUGGCUGCGCGGCUAUCCGUUUCAUCAUCCGGCACACGCAUGUGCCGCGGCUCAUCCCGCUGAUAACCAGCAACUGUUCCUCCAAGUCUGUGGCGGUGAGGAGGCGUUCCUUUGAGUUUUUGGACCUCCUCUUGCAAGAGUGGCAGACCCAUUCCUUGGAAAGACACGCGGCCGUGUUGGUUGAGACAAUUAAGAAGGGGAUUCAUGAUGCGGACGCCGAGGCCAGAGUAGAGGCCAGAAAGACGUACAUGGGCCUCAGAAACCACUUUCCUGGCGAAGCUGAGACCUUGUAUAAUUCCCUGGAACCUUCCUAUCAGCGCAGCCUCCAGACGUACCUCAAGAACUCGGGCAGCGCCGCGUCCCUCCCUCCCUCAGACCGAUCGUCCUCCAGCUCCCAGGAGAGCCUCAACCGCCCAUUCUCCUCCAAAUGGUCUGCGGGGAGCGCCUCGGCCGGCCCUGGGAGAGUGUCUUCCAGUAGCGGUAAAACGACGGGCAGUCCUGGAAGUCUUCAGCGGUCCCACAGUGACAUCGAUGUGAAUACUGCUGCAGGGGCCAAGGCCCGCCAUGUUGCUGGGCAGGCGGGUGGCGGCGGCAGCGGGCGCCUUGGCCCUGGUACCCUCACUCCUGGGUCUUACGCUUCUCUAGGGACAGCUUCUGAAGAUGGUCGCAUGAGAUCCAAGCUUUCCACGGCAGUGGCGGGCGUGGCCAACUCCAAGGCGGAUUCCCGGGGGCGCAGCCGGACCAAGAUGGUCUCCCAGUCUCAGCCUGGCAGUCGCUCGGGGUCCCCAGGAAGAGUUUUAACCAGCACCGCGCUCUCCACCGUGAGCUCAGGCGUUCAGAGAGCACUAGUCAGUCCCGCGUCGGCCCAGAAGCGAAGCAAGAUCCCUCGGAGCCAGGGCUGUAGCCGAGAGGCUAGCCCUUCUCGCCUCUCCGUAGCGCGAGGCAGUCGCAUCCCUCGCCCCAGCGUGAGUCAGGGCUGUAGCCGCGAGGCCAGUCGGGAGAGCAGCAGGGACACGAGUCCGGUCCGCUCUUUCCAGCCCCUGGCUUCCAGGCAUCACUCCAGAUCGACAGGUGCCCUCUACACCCCCGAUGUUUGCGGGGCCACAGGGACGGGCUACGGGAUCAGUCAGUCCAGCCGCCUGUCGUCCUCUGUCAGCGCCAUGCGUGUCCUGAACACGGGCUCCGACGUGGAAGAGGCCGUCGCCGACGCCUUGAAAAAGCCCGCGCGCAGGCGGUAUGAACUCUACGGCGGCGGCAUGUACUCGGACGACGACGCCAACAGUGACGCCUCUAGCGCCUGCUCUGAGCGCUCCUACAGCUCCCGGAACGGCAGCAUCCCCACCUACAUGCGGCAGACGGAGGACGUGGCCGAGGUGCUGAACCGCUGUGCCAGCGCCAACUGGUCAGAGAGGAAGGAAGGCCUGCUGGGCCUUCAGAGCCUGCUCAGGAGCCAGCGGACGCUGAGUCGUGUCGAGCUGAAAAGAUUGUGUGAGAUCUUCACCAGGAUGUUCGCUGACCCUCACAGCAAGAGAGUCUUCAGCAUGUUUCUGGAAACGCUGGUGGACUUCCUCCAGGUGCAUAGAGACAACCUUCAGGAUUGGCUCUUUGUGCUGCUGACUCAGCUGCUGAAGAAAAUGGGAGCAGAUUUGCUUGGGUCCGUGCAGGCCAAAGUUCAGAAAGCCCUGGACAUCACCAGAGAGUCUUUCCCCAAUGACCUUCAGUUCAACAUUCUGAUGAGGUUCACUGUGGAUCAGACCCAGACGCCGAGCUUAAAGGCAGUCCAGCCCACCCUGCGGGACCAGCUGCGUUCCUCCCCUGGGAGCUCCAAGGUAAAAGUCGCCAUCCUCAAGUACAUCGAGACGCUAGCCCAGCAGAUGGAUCCGGGGGAUUUUGUCAACUCCAGUGAAACGCGCCUGGCCGUGUCUCGGAUCAUCACGUGGACCACGGAACCCAAAAGUUCUGACGUUCGGAAGGCAGCUCAGGCGGUGCUCAUCUCCUUAUUUGAGCUCAAUACUCCCGAGUUUACAAUGCUGCUGGGAGCUUUACCAAAAACCUUUCAGGAUGGUGCUACCAAACUACUUCACAAUCACCUUCGGAACACAGGCACUGGCACCCAGGGUUCAAUGGGGAGUCCCUUGACGAGGCCCACUCCACGCUCACCAGCUAAUUGGCCCAGUCCUCUUACGUCCCCCACAAACACCGCUCAGAACACUCUGUUACCAAGCACGUUUGACUACGACACGGAGAACAUGAACUCCGAGGACAUCUACAGCUCUCUUCGAGGCGUCACGGAAGCCAUCCAGAAUUUCAGCUUCCGCAGCCAGGAGGACAUGAAUGAGCCGGUCAAGAGGGAGCCCAAGAGGGAGAGCGACGGUGAGCCGAUGGGCAGCGACCCUCGCGCUGGCGGGGACGCCCCCGACGCGGGCCGAGCGGUUCUCGACAACAAGACCUCAAUGCUAAACACGAUGCCCCCGCACUCCUCCCCGCGCUCUCGGGACUACAACCCCUACAAUUACUCCGAUGGCGUCGGCUCCUUCAACAAGUCAGCCUUGAAGGAAGCCAUGUUUGAUGACGACGCAGAUCAGUUUCCCGAUGACCUGUCCCUGGACCACUCGGACCUGGUGGCCGAGCUGCUGAAGGAGCUGUCCAACCACAACGAGCGCGUGGAGGAGAGGAAGAGCGCCCUUUGCGAGCUCCUGAAGCUGACCCAAGAAGACGCCUUUGGGGUCUGGGAUGAGCACUUCAAAACCAUCCUGCUCUUACUGCUCGAGACGCUCGGAGACAGAGAGCACUCAGUCAGGGCUUUGGCCCUGAGAGUCCUAAGAGAAAUCCUAAGGAACCAACCGGCCAGAUUUAAAAACUACGCCGAGCUGACCAUCAUGAAGACCCUCGAGGCCCACAAGGACCCACAUAAAGAGGUGGUGAGGUCUGCCGAAGAAGCCGCGUCCAUGCUGGCCACCUCCAUCAGCCCGGAGCAGUGCAUCAAAGUGCUCUGUCCUAUUAUCCAGACGGCAGAUUACCCCAUCAAUCUGGCCGCCAUCAAGAUGCAGACCAAGGUGAUCGAGAGGGUGUCCCAGGAGACCCUGGCCCAGCUGCUGCCGGAGAUCGUGCCAGGCCUCAUCCAGGGAUACGACAACUCAGAGAGCAGCGUCCGGAAAGCUUGUGUCUUCUGCCUCGUGGCCAUCCACGCCGUCAUCGGCGACGAGCUGAAGCCCCACCUCAGCCAGCUCACGGGGAGCAAAAUGAAGCUGUUAAAUUUGUACAUCAAGCGGGCGCAGACGGGCUCUGGAGGGAGCGAUCCCAGCGCAGCCGGCGACGUGCCCGGGCAGAGUUAGCCGAGUGGGACCAGGACCCGCAUCUGAAUUCCGGCUUUCCCCCCUCCUUCUUUCUUUAACAGGUGGCUGUCUACAGCCUGCAUGUCCCCGUUGCAUAGAGUGGAUCCCGAGCUGAGGACAACAGUAUUAAUGCGGUUAAUGAACACAGAAUGAUUUUUUACCGGUCCUCACUCCUGUCUUCCCAUUAACCUUUGCCAGUGUUAUGAUUGUAUAAAUUUUUUAAAUUGCUGAUUAAACAGGAAUGCUUGGAGCUUCACAAGUUUAGAAUCUAAAAACAUUUUUGCCUUUAUUCAGCUGCAGAAUAACAUUUCUGUUACCACUUUGAUAGUCUGGUGACUAUCACAUCCUUUGCUAGAAACGUGAAAUGCUGUGGAAAAAAGCAAGGCUUUCCCCUGGAGCUCGCCCCUCGCACUCGGUCUGGGGGCCUGAUGGGGCCAGAGAGCUGGGAGGCCUCGGACACGAAAGGAAUCGGCCGGUCCUGCGCAGCUGACCGGUGCUGGUGGACGGCAUCCGCCAUCUCGGAUCGCGGAGGCCCAGCGGAGCCUGCGGGGCCCGGAGAGGUCGCCAGACCGAGUGGGCGUGAGGCUGGCCAGGCCUCCCGCGGGGGGGCAGUUGGGGAGCUCGGUCUGUCUCUCCAGCUUCAGCUCCACGUGGCUCGUAAGACUUUCUGGACAAAGGCCUGUCCGGAGCGAGAGAGACAGCUGUCUGGCAGCGAGCUCCUUAGCUCUCCCCUUGGGGGGCUGAGGAGAAGGAAGCUGGUCCCCCGUUCUCGGCCACCUCCCUCUCUACCUCUGCAGAGCCAGCGCCCGCACCGUCCGUCGUCCCGUGCAGCGAGCCCUCAGCGGUUCCCGUGUUCGUGUCCGUGACCCCCCGUAUGCCACCACCAUCACGGAAGCCGAGCCCGCUUGGCCGAGUCAAUGUUAGAAACGGAUGGAGAAACUCCUGAGACGAGGGAAAACAUCCUGUCCUUUUUCUAGCGGCCGCGUCGCCCCCACCUGGGCCCCUCCCCCGGCGCCUUGUUUUCCUUUUAACUGUUAAUCACAUUGUGUAUUUAUGGUUCUGUGCUCCCCGUUGUGCAUACCCUGGCAAUAAACCUGUACAUAACAUUACUUGGAAAA